UCCUCGAACGUGUGUUGGUUGGCGAGAAAAAUAUUGAAUUUUCGAAUUGGACAGAUCUUAACUAUUACUCUAGUUUUGUUAUGGGAAAUCCAAACUUAGUAUUGCUUAAUCAGCUCAGAGAUGAGCAGAGGAAAGGCAACCUGGCAGCCCAAAAUCCUCUACGGCCACAGAAGGAAGGAAACCUUAAUAUUGCAGCUCGAGCUCCUAACGGAUCGUUGUCAUCAUUCCAACGAUUGCCAAAACUUAUACUACGCGAGGAGUCAUCAAGUAGAACUAUAUAUGAAACUUUUCUGCAAAAAACUUACGGUUCUGCGAAUUUGGCUUCAAGUGAGCUCGGAAAUGCACCUUCACCGAAACCAAGAAAUAAGCAUAGAGAUCCGAGUAUGGACAUUUCAUUGUGUGAAACUCAAUUUGGAAACACCUCAGCAAUGAAUACACAUGAACUUGGAGGUGAAAAGUUGACUGAUGGAAGGAGGUUCAACAACCUUGAGAGAGAAGAUGGUAAUGAUUAUUGGUUGAAUAUUGGGAAUGAUGAGGAUGAGGGUGAGGACAAGGACCUUUAUCCUGAAAGAGAUUUAUAAUUCUCUAAGAACAAGAACAACCUACCUGCUUCUGUGAUGUAUUUUUCCUAGUUCACAUGUGUUUUGUUUCAAACUUAUUAAGCUAUUGAAGCUUAUCCGGCCAAGUUGAAGUUGUAUGGGUUGUAGACUUUAUUUUUUAAAAAAUUAUGAACAAGAACAACUUUAUGAGUUAUUUGUUGUGUUUUAAUAUCUGAAAUCUUGGUUAUCAUUUCAUUUUUAUUUAAUAUUCA